AUAAUCAGUACUUACGGAAUGCUGUCGCCUUGUCUCGCUCUGCUUGGUUAUCGGUUAGGCAAAGUGUGAGUGUGGCAAAAGGCAUCUGAUAAAACUAAAUGAGAAGAAAAUGAUGUUUUGACCAUGAGAUUCUGGGAUAAUGGAUACCCUACUCAAUAUACCAAGCCGGCAGAUCAAUUAUUGCCCAUAGGCCAUACCGUGAGGAAUGUUUGGAAGAAGCAGUAGAAGACAAGGUACCAGGCAAGUUUCAGGGGAAGAGAAGAAAUCCUGCGACCUUUAUAUACGAUAGAGAUUCGACCAGCGAUCAAAACAUCCCAACGAUGCUUUUAUACUUACAAAGAGUACAAGACGCUCUAGAAGUCGAAUCUAUCACACAAAAGUAAAGGUAUCGUGUUUGCCAUAAAGGGCGGAACACUCAACAGGUUGUCGUGUCGACAAGACUAGGGGAUGACAGAGAAUUGCCACCUGCGACACGCCUUGCUUAAUGCCACUGCCCAGAAUGAAUCGAGAUUUGACUUCCAAGAUUCCACACGGCUUGCGAAACAGUCUGAACAGAUCUGCUCCUGUGAAAGGCAGAACCGUUCGUCAGGUAAUAUCGUCAUCUGCCAUUGGCACGCUAUAGAUUCUACGUGCAUGAGCGUAACCAAGCGAGGAACCCCACGUAUAUCGCGUGUCCACACACGCCUUGUUUGUGCAGCAGGCAGGGACGGACUAGAGGUGUGCGACUCGUCAUUCAACGAGUGGACCUGCGUCAAUAAGGAUGCUCUUCUCCUCCGCUGGGCGUGUUGCCGUGCAAGCAUCUCUGUAACGAGGGAGCCCUUUUACACCCGAUCAUUGAGGAGGCUGUGGAGGUCGCUUGCACAAGACCAGAUCCAUCCGGCUACUAGGGGAAAAUUGGGCUGGAGUGUGGAUAAACGAUUAUAAUUAGUAAAGAACUGGACGAGUUGUCGAGUGAAAAUAGACAUCGAAAUAAACAGAGAAGAGCUGACGAGCGCCAACAUGGACAGUAACAGCUCAGCGUCACACGUUGACUAUUACUCCAAACAUCCGGUCAAAGACAUCCUGAUAGCGACCUUUGUGCCCGUCUUUAUUGUAAGCCUGAUUGGCAAUCUGCUGGUCGUCUACGUCAUCGUGCGCAAUCGCAGUAUGCACACUGUUACCAACUUCUUCCUGUUGAACCUGGCUGUGUCCGACCUCUUGGUGACGCUCUUCUGCAUCAUUCCCACCCUGCUCUACUUCAUCCAGGUGAACUGGUCGUUGGGAGUGUUCAUCUGUAAGGCCCACAAGGCAACCCUCACCGUGACGACCACGGCUUCUAUCUUUAUGUUGACGGUCAUCUCCAUGGAGCGCUACAUCGUCAUACUGCAUCCCUUUCAUACCAAGCGGAUUCUGACCGUUCAGCGGCUGAUUGGUGUGGUGGUCGCCGUGUGGUUGUUAAGCAUCGUCCUCAGUAUACCCAUGUGCAUAUCGUACGACGUGCUACCAGGCUACGUGGAAGGUAUGUACUGUGGGGCGACCGCCGAAUACAUAGAGAAUGGCGCCAGAAUCCAGUUUAUAGCCAUGCUGUUCGUCUGCUACUUGGUGCCAUUGGUUAUCAUGUUGGUGCUAUACACAAGAAUUGGCUGGGGACUUUGGACACCAAGCCGAACGGGCGAUAACUCUUUGUCUGCUCUGCCAGGCCCGAGUGGCAAGAAGUCAAAAACGUAUAUGAAAGUGACAUACAAAGGGAAUAAAGCCGUUUCGAGCGUGGAAGAGAAAAGCCCCGUGCCCCCAGGAGAGGGGCUGCGAAUUCACAUUGGUCGUCAGAUUUCCCCUCCCCCUGGGGAGAGCACGAGUGCUCAUAGUGACAGUGACGACACACCACGGAAGACACUGCUCCGUAACUGCAGCAGCGAGCCGUCCAGACCGAUCAAUAGGGGCGACGUCCAGGAGAAAAUCGGCCCCUUUUUCAUAGAUUACCCGGAGGAGACCGACAUCGAGCAGACUGAAACCGUGGAAUCGAAUAAUACUGCGGUUCUGUGGAGGUCCUGCAACGACAUACUGCUGUGCUCAGGUGGCGACAAAUCAGCCAGCACGCGGUACGAGGCACGUGGGAUCGAAACCGAAAAGACUGGCAUCGAUUCCAACGGAAUCGGAUCCCACCAGGCAAUGUCAAAAUCGGAGAAUGAGCUUAACUCACACCAAAUUACAGACGAAGGGAAUCAGAGCGCCCCCAGCGGCGAUGGCAGAGGAAUUGCAGACACCGACAAAGAAAAUUCUCAGUAUCUUAAUCCUGGUAGGACUUACGGUGGCUUCAAGUCGCGCCUGGGUAGCAAAUCCGAGGGGGACAAGAGGCCAGCCAACAGGAAAUAUGAGCCUGCCGCUGCCAGCGGGCAAGCCUCACCUGCCUAUGGCCGAGCAAAUCCCCACGCUCUCUCCCGCCAGUGUAUGAAGAAGACGCCCAGCAAACGUAAGCGGAACGCUGAGGCGGUCAUGCACGCCCGUCGGAAGGUCAUCCGCCUGUUGGUUGUCAUGGUUGUCUGCUUUGCGGUUUGCCUCUUCCCGCUCCAGCUCAUUUCCGUCUGGAGUCUGUUUGCUAUCUUUAGUGACCAGUCGGAAGGGGGCGCCCUGGUCACCGCCUUCACCUACCUGGCCUAUUUCUCCAACAGCGCCAUCAACCCCUUCCUCUACGCCUUCCUCUCGGACAAUUUCCGCUCCAAGAUGCGGGAGACGCUCCUCUGCAUAUCCAGCCGCACCCGUCGACAAGUCAGCCUGAGGCAGAUGAGACUGAAGAGCGUCACCUCGGACGCUUUCACCGAAUCGGAACUCAUGCCCAGCUGACUAUUAUCGAAAUAAUAAAUGAGCACUAGUGGGCGGACAGAACAUCUUAAUGGCCUGUUACCUACAUCAGUGUCAACCUGACUAAAUCCUCCCUGACAUGCUCUCCAGGCAAACCUUUCAGUACAGCACGGAUAAAGACAGUUACUGAGGCAAAACGUGUCACGGACACUGAUUGUUUUUUCAGCUUUGGAGCAAGUCGAGAGGAUCUUGAAGUGCAGACAUCUGCUGCUGGCAUUGCCGUCAGCCUUGAAAAAAGACUUUCGAACUUGCCACUGCUUUAUUGACUAAAAUUCCUAAUCGCUCUGUUAACAGACAGCCCUGGCGUCAGGCCUAACUCAUGAGAGAUACAACAGGCAUUGACACUGGCCUGAUUAGGAGAAGCAGCGACCGCCGCGCGGUGGGCCGCCUGUGCAACGAUACAUGUAGGCAAAGUCAUGUGUCGUAGUACGAUUUCAGGCGACACUAAUCUUCGUCUGCCUUUGCUCUGCCAGUUUUGCGGAACUACACGCAUUUUACAGUUCUUGUGAAUAAGAAGAACGCCCUCUUUCUGUGAGGUACAGACAUUUUGGAGUGGAUAGCCCUAGAUACCUAACCGGGUAGUAACCAUGCUGAACGUGACGCGUUCGAAUUAAAAUGUAAAUGUAUCAAAUUGCCAUUCUCGAGGAAUGAAGGACACAAUCGAAGUCUUGCCUGCUUGAUUCCGAGCAUGGAUGGAUGGGUCUCUCUUCGAGCCUGCCGAGAGAAUCAAGAUGUUGAUUACUUCAUUUAAAACACUCAUCCGUUGAGGAAGCUAAGACUGUUAUGAAGACCACAUGGUAUUUAGAGGCUGAACGCUUUGAGACCUAAGAUAAAGUCCAAAAAGGCACAAGAUUUCCAGACUUUUUUAUGCCAUAAAACUGCAGCUUCUGUGUAUGUGCUCUAAACCCUAAAGCAGGGAUGUCGAUGAAAACCACUUAAUGAAAAGGACACUACUUAUCUUUUUCACAAACGAUUUCCUUGAGUCAUAAGCAAAGCGUUGUAAUUAGACAUGUACCUAUAGCUAAAGGUAGUACCCCAAGUCAUUGCACUUUUAAUUAUAUCGGGAAAUAAAAUGAUGCUCGGUAAGUGUUUUUUCCUGAAGUUUUCUCCUUUGUGUCAACAUUGCUAAGCUCCCAUUUCAAAGCAUUGAAUAGUGUAGUGAAAGCUUGGCUUGUUUAAUGCAAAUAUUAUGGAAUUUUAAAUAUUAUGGUAUUCUAAAAGCUGCCUGUCUUGUCCUUCCCGAAGAGAGAGAACUAUUCCCAAGGAGACGGAAUACAAUGGCAGGAAUUGGAGUUGAUAUUCGUUGUGUUUUGCUGCCAACGAAACUCAGACUAGAAUAAAAAACAAACAUCAGUAAAAUGUGGAUCACGGAAUUGCUUUUGUCAAAAUCAUUACACUCUGGCAAUCCUUACACCGGUUUUGGGGUUUUUUUUGUCCCUGAAUCUUUUUUUUCAGAUUAGAUAUUGAAGAUAUAAAAUGCCCUUGAAAAAGUCGUACUUCAUACUUUAAAGAAUGAAUCAUUUCCUAGGGGUGGUAAAUGCCGUCCAGGAAAGACAUUGAUUGACAAAAUGUUGUCCUGGCUUCACAAAGAUCGCUAGCUGAAAGACAACGCGGCUAACUUUAUUCAUGUUCAACUUCACUUCCUUCCAUUUUGUCUUUGUCUCUUGCCGUUUGUAAUGUUGCUCCAAAUUAUUAUCGCUGAGUUUUGUGAUGGGAAUAAAGCUUAUUUUGUCAAUG